AAUAGUACCGAAAACGAAUACUACAAAAAAGUAAAGAAAGAAAGAAGAAAAAGUAGAAAAGAAAUCCUCACAGCAGCAGCAAUCCUUUUGUGCCUGCGUGUGUGUGUGUGUGUAUCGGAGUGUAUGUGUGUGUAGCAAGCAAAUAAAUGCUUUUGCAACGCUUUUUUAGCCAUUUUAUCUCAAGUCGAAAUACUGUAAAAAAUUGUAAAAUGGAUUUACGUUUCGUAUUCAUCGUUUUCCUGCUGAAGUGGACGUAUGCACAAGGUUCACAUCCGCCGCGAAUAGUUGAACAUCCCAUAGAUACGACGGUGCCACGACACGAGCCAGCAACGCUUAAUUGCAAGGCUGAGGGUUCGCCCACGCCCACCAUUCAAUGGUAUAAGGAUGGCGUGCCACUGAAGAUACUGCCGGGCUCCCAUCGCAUUACGCUGCCAGCGGGUGGAUUGUUCUUCCUUAAGGUUGUCAAUUCGCGUCGCGAAACAGAUGCCGGCGUCUACUGGUGUGAGGCUAAAAACGAACUGGGCGUGGCACGGAGUCGCAAUGCCACGCUGCAAGUGGCGGUGCUUCGCGAUGAGUUUCGCCUGGAGCCGCAAAACACACGCAUCGCCCAGGGCGAAACGGCGUUGUUGGAGUGCGCCCCACCGCGUGGCAUUCCGGAACCGACGGUCACAUGGAAGAAGGGCGGCCAGAAAUUGGAUUUGGAGGGCUCGAAGCGUGUACGCAUCGUUGAUGGUGGCAAUUUGGCCAUACAGGAUGCACGUCAGAGUGACGAGGGUCAAUACCAAUGCAUUGCCAAGAAUCCAGUCGGUGUGCGUGAAUCCUCUUUGGCCACACUCAAAGUACACGUUAAACCCUACAUCAUACGCGGCCCACAUGAUCAAACGGUUCUCGAAGGCGCCUCCGUCACAUUUCCCUGCCGCGUCGGCGGAGAUCCCAUGCCCGAUGUCCUUUGGCUGCGCACCGCUUCAGGCGGCAACAUGCCGCUAGACCGCGUCAGUGUGCUGGAGGAUCGCAGUCUGCGACUGGAACGCGUCACCAUUGCGGACGAAGGGGAAUACAGCUGCGAGGCGGAUAAUGUGGUGGGCGCCAUCACGGCCAUGGGCACGCUGACAGUGUUCGCGCCCCCGAAAUUCAUACAACGUCCUGCGAGUAAAUCUGUCGAGUUGGGAGCCGACACAUCCUUCGAGUGUCGCGCCUCAGGGAACCCCAAGCCAACGAUCUUCUGGACGAUCAAGAACAACAGCACACUGAUAUUUCCGGGUGCACCGCCUCUGGAUCGAUUUCAUAGUUUAAACACCGAGGAAGGACACUCGAUACUGACGCUGACACGCUUUCAGCGCACCGACAAGGAUCUGGUGAUUGUGUGCAAUGCCAUGAACGAGGUGGCCAGCAUCACAUCAAGGGUGCAAAUCACCCUCGACUCACAGGAGGAUCGACCACCGCCCAUAAUCAUCGCUGGGCCGGUGAAUCAAACGCUUCCCAUCAAAUCGCUGGCAACGUUGCAAUGCAAAGCAAUUGGUUUGCCCAAUCCGACAAUUUCAUGGUAUCGCGACGGCAUCCCGGUGCAUCCGAGUGCCAAGCUGAACAUAACCGCUGCCGGUGAUUUGAUAAUCUCCGACUUGGAUCGCCAACAGGAUCAAGGACUGUACACGUGUGUGGCGAGCUCACGGGCGGGGAAAUCCACGUGGAGCGGUUUCCUACGCAUUGAGUUGCCCACAAAUCCGAACAUCAAGUUCUACCGGGCGCCCGAACAAAGCAAAUGUCCCACAGCUCCGGGGCAACCGACAGUGCUGAAUGCGACAGCCAACGCAAUGACCAUUGUGUGGCCCAGCAGCGAUAAGCUGGGCAACUCCCCGUUCCACGGGUAUAGCGUGGAGAUGUAUUGCACGAACAAGAGCAAAACCUGGAUACCGAUUGCCAGCAGGCUAAGUGAGCCCAUUGUCACCGUGGAUAGCCUCGAGUCGGGUGCUGCUUACAUGUUCAUUGUGCGGGCCGAGAAUGCCUUGGGCUUCUCACCGCCAUCGCCCAUCUCAGAGCCAAUUACAGCUGGCAAGUUGAUCGGAGUGCGGGAUGGCAGCGAUGCAAGUUCCUCCAGCUCACAGCUGCUGUUGAGCGAUGUGGAGACGUUGCUGCAAUCGAAUAACAUCGUCGAACUGCUCGAGGCAAAUGCCAGCGAUUCGACAACGAUUCGACUCGCCUGGGACAUUGACAAUGGUCAGUACAUCGAAGGCUUCUAUUUGUAUGCUCGCGAAUUGCGUUCAGCGGAAUACAAAAUGCUAACGCUCCUGAACAAAGGACAAGGAAUCAGUUCGUGCAGUGUGCCCGGGUUGGCAAAGGCUUCUACGUAUGAGUUUUUUCUUGUGCCAUUUUACAAGAGCAUCGUAGGCAAACCCUCGAACUCGCGACACGCUCGCACUCUGGAAGAUGUGCCCGAGGCAGCGCCGUAUGGCAUGGAAGCCAUCCAAUUCAAUCGCACCUCCGUCUUCUUGAAAUGGCUUCCCCCGCAACCGAAUCGCACUCGCAAUGGCAUCCUGACCAGCUACAAUGUGCUCGUCAAGGGUCUGGAUGUGCACAAUACGACGCGUAUAUUCAAAAAUAUGACCAUUGAUGCGGCGACACCAACUCUGCUGCUGGCAAACCUCACCACGGGCGUCACCUACUACAUUGCUGUUGCGGCUGCCACCCGCGUAGGCGUCGGUCCCUUCAGCAAACCGGCUGUGCUACGCAUCGAUGCACGGACCCAAUCACUGGACACCGGCUACACGCGCUAUCCCAUCAGUCGUGAUAUUGCCGAUGACUUUUUAACGCAGACCUGGUUUAUCGUCCUGCUGGGCUCCAUCAUUGCCAUAAUUGUGUUUCUAUUGGGCGCAUUGGUUCUAUUCAAGCGCUAUCAAUUUAUCAAGCAGACCUCGCUGGGCAGUCUACAUGGCAAUCACGCAAUCGGCACCGUGCGAAAGUUUCCAACGUCAAUGAAUGGCGGCGGUGGCAACUCUUGUACUUUGAGUGGUGGCAACAACUCUGGUGGCUCGAAUGGACUGUGGAUCGAUCCCAGUGGCGGUGUUUGGCGACAGGCGUCCGCCUCAUGUACGACAAAGGAGCAACUUCCGGGCUACGCACAGACCACAGCUCAACAGCAACAGCAACAUCAGCAGCAGCAGCAGAAACACAAACAGCAGAAGCAACAGCAGCAACAACAACAGCAAGGACAACAAGGACAAUCAAACCGUACACAACAACAGCCGCUGCCUGAUUAUGAGAGACUCUCGCCAUUGAAUAUGCCGGACUAUGCGGAAGUUGCAUGUUCAACAUUCAAAAGCCCACACAAUGGCGUUGCACAAACUUCCGGCCAAAUGGCAGGCGGAAUCGGAGUCGGAGGUGGAGCUUCAUCAUUAUACGAUAGCUGUGGUGCCUAUGCCACAGCAAAUGUGGUGGCCAAUGUGAAGCUCUAUCAGAAUCAGAAUCAACAUCCAAAUCCCAAUCAGACGGCGAAUCGUUAUGGGACAAAGCCAGCGGCAACAGGAACAACUACGAUGACGACGACGACGAACAACAAUAAUGGCACAUUGAUAACCGGCAAUAAUGAUUACCAAUCGACGGGCAUGUAUUCGGCACCAGCGAGCGCACAUUAUGGCUGCCUUGAGCCAAAUGUGAUGACCACAUCGACGGCCUCAACGGCCAUCAUGGGCAACGGUUCACCGGCCAAGCUCAAUAAUAAAAAGAUCAACAUAACCGAGAACAAAAUGGAUCAUCACAUGCAAAGCAUCAACGACAAUGGAGUGGCAGCAACAACUACUGGUAAAUCAGAACGCACAAAUCCCUUCAAUCAGCAGCAACAAUUGCUCUUGGCCAGCAAUGCAUUGAAGCAGGGCUUGGGCGCCUAUGCCAAUACAACGUUGGCCGCCCAAAUGGCCAACGGUGGCGGCGCUGGCACUUUGAGACGCCAGCGACAGCCGAAAGCCACAGCGUCUUUGUUCAAGAGCGAAACAAACAUUCUGGGCAAAUCAACAGCAGCAACACGGAAUGGUGGCAAUGGCAAUAAUAAUAUGGACUUUUUAACCGGUGGCCCACCAAUUGGUGGGGAACAGCAGCUGAAUAUCGAUGCCGAUUUCUCGGCAUUGUGCAAUUCAACGAAUCAGUUGCUCAACGAUUGGGCUUCCAGUGCCUCGAUUGCGGCCGGUGAUUAUCAUUUUGGCAACAAGCAGCCGAGCAAACAGCAUCUCUACGUUAAGGCCAAGGAUGGCACUUGGUCCGCUGUGAGUUCGGAUGCAUAUCAGACAUACAAGCAGCAACAACAGCAACAGCAAUUCCAUGUUGGCACAGGUGACAACAACAAGCCCCUACUUGUUAAUCCUGCCCAUAGUUCAAGUAGCCUGGCUGCUGAUAGCAAAUUCCUGAGUAGUUUCGGCAAUACAAGUGCCAAUGUCUAAAAACUAAACCCAGUGCUUGUGUUUUUGGGUGUGUGUUUUGCUCAGUAAAUAGACAUAAGUUAAAAGCAAAGCGAAUGUUGUGAAUGCUGACGCAAAGGGGGAGAGAGUAAUGAAGUGUAUACUUUAUACUAUGUAUAGUUUAUGCUGUAUUUAGUAUAUACUGUACAGUUUACAAUAUAUGCUAAAUAUAGUAUGUACUGCACAGUUUAUAGUAUGUGCUGUAUAUAGUAUAUACUGUACAAUUUAUAGAAUAUACUACU